GAGGUGAAGGCAGCAAGCUUUACCAUGUACCAUUCCAUCGUCGCUCGGCCCGUAUCCCAGUCUGUCGAAAAGCCCCACUGUAUCGGAGUUAUCGCUCUUUUGCACGCUAACGGAUCGAAGUGAAAUAAAUGCUGGAGGGGGCCUGAGGCACGAAUAUGUAGUAGAUGUAGCAGUUAUAGGCAAGGUGAUGCGCGGAGCAUGAGACGCCCGUCGUCUGGAUUGGCGGGCCUUUUAGUCGCAGCUUUUCAGCCUCCGCUGACUUCGGAUAGGCUCCCUGCCAGCCCCUCCACCGUAAGGCUCACCCGGACAACCUGGCCCAGUUGCAGAGUCAGCAGACCCGAGGUGGCAGCGGGCCAAUCAGCCAUUUGCAGGCAGCCAAAAGACAUGGCGGCGCAAGCUUCGGGCGGGACAAUUAGGCUCGAGCGAGUCUGGGCUCCGGAGCUCAGGAAGCACAGUUCACGUCUAGGGAGCGGGCGGAGCUGCUGGAGCUGAGGGGCAGCAAUCAAGGGGUCUGGGGGAGGACCAUGCGAAAGC